AGCGGGAGAUAGCUGUUUAAUUUAUGAUACUUUAUUUUGGUUGUUGUAUUUGCCUGUUUUAGGCGUUUUUAAUUGCUUCAAUUAGGAAUAUGUGAAACAUCCUUUUUAGUAAAUCUCCGCUUUGAUUGAUUGUUUAUCGUUCGCUGAUUUUCUGGUUCGUGUUAAAUAAUGUAAUGGAUUCAUUUCUGAAUAGCGCAACUGCUGCUCUACGUUCUGGUUGUUCUAGCCAGUGGCUUCUUGUAGUUGGAAAUGAAGCAUGUGAUUUAGAUAGUACAGCGUGUGCUCUUGCCUAUGGAUUUUAUAAACAAGCGGUAAGUCAACUUUCUGUAGUCGUUCCUUUUCUUACAGAAUUGUUUAGAUGCUUGGAAAUGAGUUCACUGUUAUACCUGUAUGCAAUAUCAAUAGAGCAGAUAUGAUUUUACGUACAGAAGUCACUUUUUGGUUAACGCAAUGUGGUUUAAAAUGGGAAGAAUUAAUUUAUGUCGAUGAUUUGUUCAGUGGAAAUCAAGCAACAACACUUAAUGAAAAUCAAGCAUCUCUUAUACUUGUUGAUCAUCAUUUGCCAAGUGAAAAAUUUAGCGAAUUGCCAAUUGUGGAAAUAAUUGAUCAUCAUCAGCAGCAAAUAACAAAUAAUCAAAUUGUUGAAAAUUGUCCUUUCAAACAAAUCGAUCUUGUCGGUUCGUGUUCAAGUCUAGUUACCUUGGAAAUUUUAAAGGGAAUCGAUGGAAGCGAACUGCCAGUCAGUGUAUGGAAAUUACUUUAUGGCGCUAUACUGAUUGAUACAAUUGGACUUUCUAGUGCUGGUCAAACAGCUGGACGUUUAACUGAAUUAGAUUAUCGUAUGGCUUGUCGUAUUGAAGAUAUUAUUUGUGAUCAAUUAUUUACGCCUAGUAUUUCUAGAAAUACAUUGUUUACACAAUUGGAAGCAGCAAAAUUUGAUGUUCAAGGUUUAUCUACAUGGGAUUUGUUACGUCGUGAUAUGAAAAUUGCUUCAAAUCCAGAUAAUGACAAAUGUCGAAUUGUAUGUUCCACUGUCUCUGGAGUGGAUUUUCAAGUUUUGGCUGGUAGAUCCGAUUUUGUUGAAGCAGCAAAUCGAAUGUGUACGGAAUAUAAUACAACCAUACUUAUCUGUAUUACUGUUGGAUAUCCACCAGGCGACCAUUCUUCUGCACCUCCAUCUGAGUUAACAGCUUUCCGAAGAAGAGCUGUCAUUUUUUACAAUAUGGAUGCUCCUAUUCAGUAUUAUAAUGCUUUACUUCAAUAUUUUCUUGAUCCAAAGCAUAAUUUACAGUUAGUGCCUCAAUCUAUCCCGGGAUUUAAUCAUUUCACCGCAAUUGUCAAUAAUAUCAAAGUUACACGGAAAACUGUAUUGCCUUUAUUGAUUCACUUCCUACAACAAUCCGAAUCAUUGGAAAAUACUAAGACAACAUUAGUGGAUAAUAGUCGUAAAAAUGACGAGCAUAACAAUAAUGAUGAUGACAAUAACAAUAAUAAUAACAAGCCUAUGGAGGAUAAUAAUCAGUCAGAAGAGAAUACUAAGCGUUCACAGUCACCUGAUACAAAUCUUAAGUGUUCAUCGAAAGCACAAGAUCAGAAUAAAAAUACAACCGAGUUUGUUUCAAAGGAUGUUGUUCUUUCCUUACGAAAUUGGCUUAUUCCUUUACGUCCACGAGAACGAUGUGAAUUUCUUCGAUCCUGUCGACAAAGUUCCCUUAAUCCUGAUGAAAGUCCAUCACUUGAUCUAUUGAACUGUUUAUGGACAAGUAUUUUUCGAGAGAUUGGUAAUACUUCGCAUACAAUGAAGUAUGCUGUUGGUACACAAACACCGUUACCUAAACUAGUAUGGUUAAAAUCACGUCAAACUAGACGUGUUGCAAGUAUGAUUCACGGUCGAAAUUCAGUUAUCAAAGGAGCUCCAAACAAAAUGGAAAAUUUCAAGUCUUCACGACGUUUUACUCUAUCAGACAUUAAAGAUCUUAGUCCACAUGAAGAAAUACCAUCAUUGACAAGUAAAAAUGAUAUGCCAACUAUACGUCUUCUUCGGAAUGGAUCUGAUGAAAAUUUAAGUGUUUCAGAUUCUGAAAAUACUAAACCAAGUUGGCUUGAGACUGAAUACUUAACACGUAUUCCUGCUUGGCUACCGACUAGUUUCAUUUCAACUUCAUUGGAUUCCGCUGAAGCAAUAAGCUAUAGACUUUAUCGUCGUUUAUCUUCAAUGUCAUUGUGUAGAAAUUUCGAUGAUGAUAUCCCGCCUUUGCAGGAGAGUGGUCAAGUUCUUUCUACAACUUUAAAUAAAAAUAAUCUUGAUACUAAUAAACUUGAAGCUGAUGAAUUAGCCUUGCUACGCACAUCACUUACUGAUUUCACACCAUUAUUAUAUCUAGAUAAAGAGACAUCAACAUCUGGUUUAUGCAGUUACAUGAAUUGGUCUUCUAGUCAACCAGAUUAUAUUACUGAACGAGGUCUUAAAUACCUGAAGUUGGGUUCUCAUGUUCAGUCAAGUAAAGCUGACAACAUAAGUAUGAAAUCUACUACUCCAACUGAAAAUUUAUCAGCCAGUUCAACUGAAAACACAAGAAUCAUUGUUUCAGGCGAAGAUAUGGAGACAUUUCUUGUUGUUGUUGAUUUUACUGAUUUAUCAUUAUUUCUGUUUCAUUCUAUUUCGUCUAUUCGUAGAAGCAUAUGCAUUUUGAUAUUUUGUUAUGUUCCAUCGAAGAUAAUUGAAAUGCAACGUACAAGAGCCGUGGCAAUAUUCAAAAAGCUUCAUCGUACAUGUCAGAAAGUAUUUAAAGGCGAUUAUGAAACAUUACAAGCUGCUAGAGAGAAAAUCAAUUCAGAAUUUCGAGCUAAUCGAAAUGAAACAGAUCCAGAGAAAGUAGACGAAUUAUUAAAAACUGCAGAAGAUUCUGAAUUGCUUAUUAGAACGACGGUUAUUCAAAUGGAACUUGUCGAUGAAGAUAAAAAUGUUUACAGAAUGAAUCUACGUGAUGAUUUAGCCUAUCGGGAUAAUGAACCUAGCAGUAAAGAAAAAUAAUCCAAGUGAAAAAAAAAUAGGAAGAUCAGAAGCCUUUAUCUAGUCUACAACCACACCUA